GUAUUAAAUCAGGUGAUAUGAAUCUAAGAAAACGUAGGAGUUUCUAGAAGAACUUGGUCGUCAAGCAAAAACUGCUUCAACGACUCUUGACUUGUCUCUUUGUAUAAAGCCCAAGCCGAUGAAUGAUGAUUCUCUUUCUAUGUAGGACUCGAUUCUAAUAAACACAAAAACACCAACAACCAAAAAAAAACAGCUUCUUCUAGUUUGGAGUUGAGAGCAUAGAAUGUGUGGCGGCGCUGUGAUAUCAGAUUUCAUGUGGUCGAAAUCGUCGUUUGCAGAGUCAGUACCGAAUGAAGUCGGUUCUGUGAGCAACAAGAAGCGUAAACCCGUGACAGGUGGCGGGCAGAGAGAUGGGAAGCGAGAGAGGAAGAAUCUGUACAGAGGGAUAAGGCAGAGGCCGUGGGGCAAAUGGGCAGCGGAGAUUCGUGACCCGAGGAAAGGUGUACGUGUCUGGCUUGGCACAUUCAAAACCGCCGAGGAGGCUGCUCGAGCCUACGACGUUGCUGCCAUCAAAAUCCGUGGCCGGAAAGCGAAACUGAAUUUCCCCAACACUACUAGUGAAACAAAUCAAAACGAGACGAUUCCGGAAAACCACCAAGUAGUCGUAGAGAGCUUGUCGGAGGAGCUGAUGGCGUUUGAGGAUUACAUGAGACUUUAUCAGAUUCCGUUUCUCGACGACGACCAAUCGGCGACGGACCUUGGUAACCUAUGGAGCUUCCAAGGAGACACUCUCACCAAAUCUUAAAAUUUUUCAUUCCCUGGCCCUUUUGCUCACUUAACCUUGUCUUGUUUUUGAUUUCACAAUCAUCAAGUCUAAUUUGUUUCCAUCUACCGUUUAAUUUCUCAGAUAAAUUGUCCUUUAAAAAAUUAUACACCGUCGUUUAUUUGUGUUCACCGUUGUUUUAAGUUACAACUACUGUACAAUAGUUUCUAUUUUUACAUAAGACGUAUUUUAGAUUCUA